GCAAAAAGGCUGAAAAAGCCAGAGUGCCAAGCAGCAAAGCUUUCAAAGUUUCAACGUUCCGUUCAAGGCGCAUUGUCUUGAGCUGCUAUCGUCUUGUUUGUGGGAAGAACCGUGGAUAUUCAUCUUUGUUCAGCAAAGAGUAUUUCUUCCAGCAGCCCCGCCAGCUGAGUCCGUGCCUGUAGUGCCAAAAGCAUUUGCGCAUAUACAGGCGUGCAUUGGCACAUAUGUGAUUCACAAAGUCCUUCUCGGCGCACUGAUCGAGGCAUUGCGCAAGUAUUGAAAUUGGCUCCAUUGUUCAUAUGUUGUUGCAUCCGCCCUAACCACUGCUGGAACUCAUUGGAUCAUUUUGAUCCGCAAUGUUCAAGAAGGGUCAACCAAAAACUCCAAUCAAGGUGCCAGCAGCACCUUUGAGCAGAGACAUCUAUGGGUUUGCUGUGCGUCCCCAGCAUGCUGAAAAGUACAAGGAAUACGGGCCAAUCUACCAGGAAGAGGAACGCGAGAGAGCGGAGCGAUGGGAGAGCUUUCUGCAGAGAACCAUCUCCUCAGCUGACAGUGGCAUGCUAAGGCCCGCUACUCCUACUAACGCUGAUCAAGAUGAGCCCGUUGGUGAGGAGAGUGAUGACGAGCGGCGGAGUAGAAGCCUCAAGUCACAGGCGUCCAAUCUAUCUGCCAGCGGCUCUGAGGGAGGAUCACGUGACUGGACUUCGCAAGUGCAAAAGGAGUGGCCGAGCUCUUUGCGGAUGUCCCUUUGGCCUGUGGAAAGGGCAAUCGACGCUCGUGACAAGAAGCGCGCGCGCCAGGAACGGCGGCAAGCAGCAGCAGCUGCGGGGGGGACGCAGCACGAGGUGACCGUUAAUGGCGCAAUUGAGUCGGAAGCUGACGGAAACCAAUCAGAGGCUGUGGUGGAAAGCGCAGACGGGGUGCGAGUUGACGGGACAGCAAAUGAGAGCAGCGACAAUGAGAAGGAAGAGGAAUGUGCGUGGGAGGAUGAGCUGCGAGCGCUGGUCAAAGGGGGGGUGCCGAUGUAUCUUCGCGGAGAGCUUUGGCAACUCUUCGCGGGCGCAAAGAAGCGCCAGGUUCCAGGGCACUAUCAGGCGCUUCUGCUGCUGUUAGCGGACGGUGGGGGCAGCGGCGACGGAGUGGGGGGGCUGCUGGAGCCCGCGAAGCUGGACCCGCAGUCCCCCUACAAGAUCAGCCAGAAGGACGAGAACGUGAUGGAGAAGUGGACGGCGCAGAUUGAGAAGGACCUGCCACGUACUUUCCCUGGCCACCCCGUGCUGGACGGCGGCGGGCGGGAUGCACUGCGCCGCCUGCUGACAGCGUUUGCCCGGCACAACCCUGAUGUCGGGUACUGCCAGGGGAUGAACUUCCUGGCCGCGCUCUUACUCCUUCUGAUGCCCGAGGAGGCUGCGUUUUGGACAUUAACGGCCCUCGUUGACGAUCUGUUGCACGGCUACUACUCUCACAACAUGAUCGAGGCUCAGGUGGAUCAGCUCGUGUUGGAAGAACUGCUGCGGUUACGAUUCCCCACCGUUGUGUCGCACCUUGACACUUUGGGCGUGGCCGUUCAUUGGGUGAGCGCGCCGUGGUUCCUCUCCGUGUUUGUCAACGUGUUGCCGUGGGAGAGCGUGCUGCGCGUCUGGGACGUGCUGCUCUUCGAGGACGACCGGACCAUGCUCUUCCGCACCGCGCUGGCGCUCAUUGACAUGAACGCACCCCCCUUGACCGCGGUGCGUGAUGCCGGUGACGCCGUGUCUCUCCUCCAAAGUCUGGCCGCUGGCACGUUCGACAGCAGCGCACUGGUGCUCACCGCAUGCGGCGCCUUUGCUGAUGUGGAGAGCGCGGCACUCGAGGUCCGGGCGGCAGUUCAUCGGCCUCAGGUCACAGAAGAGGCGGAACGGCGCCAAGCAGAGCGCGAGGCGGCAAUGCGCUCGCCGUCCCCCCCUCCCGCCGAGCUUCGGUCCGGGGGGGAGCCCAGCACGAGCAGCAAGGCGGAGACCACCCCCCGGGGCCUCGCUCGCGGGGUCAGCAAGCUGUGGCGCACCAAAACGGACGCUUCCGGGGGGGAGUCUAGCCCGGGAUUUCGGCCACCCGGCACGCCCGAGCAUGCGGCGGCGCAGACUGAGGAGCAGGGGAGCGAGGUUGACGAUUUACGGGCGCAGAUUGCAUGGCUCAAGAAAGAGCUGGUUGCGGCGCUGGAGAAGGAGAGCGCGGCGAGCAUACGCGCAGACGAACUAGAGGCGGCGCUCGUGCAGGUUGCGGACAAGCGGCACCUGGACGAGACCAAGCGCAGCCUGCAGGCCCAGGUUGAGGAGCUGACAGCGGCUGGAGAGAGGCUCCAGGCCGAACUAGACGCGGCGCGUGCUUCGCUGCGUGAGAGGGAGGCGCAGGCUCAUCAAAUGACAGAGGUGUUGGCCAAGAUCGAUCAGGAGCACAGGGAGACGGAGGAGGCGCGUGUGCACGCUGAGGCAGACGUUGUGCGUUACCGGCAUACGCAGGCGGCACUCGAGGCCCAGGUGGGCAUCCUGCAAGCGAACCUCGCAGCCGUGGAGGAGCGCGCCCGGCAAGCGGAGAACAUGCUGGAAGCCAUCAGCCGUUCCGCACUCGAAGCGGGGGCCUCCCGUUCGGGGCACGCGAGCCCCCUCCCCGCGGGGAGCCCUGCCACAGGCUCCCCGGCGCAACCCCCCGCGACGGCGGAAUCUUUUGGCAAGAAGGCGCUGUUUGGGCUGACCAUGAAGUGGCGCGGAGCAGCGGAGAAAAAGGGUCCCGUGCAAGCGAAGGAGGUAAGCAGUCAGAAUGGAAGCGAGUCGACUGCAGAAUCCGCAAAAGAGUCGAGUAAAAUCUCUGACGACCUGCAACAAGACCCGGACGAAAAGGAGGGGAGCUUGGAAGCAGUGCCCCUCUGACUAAGGAUAUUAUUGUUUACGCUAACCGGUUUCACUGAGCCGACGGCAUCGAUCAGCCUGAUUGAUUCACGUUAUCUUUAUAGAAGCCAUGAAGGGGCUAGCGACUAAUCGCACGAUGCCCCUGUUCACUUAACGGCUGCCUGCAGUCCGUUAGCUAAGAACUUCGGAAUACGAGCCAACCUACAGGGCCCGCCAUUUCGUGGUCAGCGAGUGAAUGUUUUUCG